CAUAGCCAUUGACUGUGAAAAAGUUCCAAUUUCUUGUAUUAGCUGAACGUAGAUUUGUUUAUCUGAGAGCUAUGUCUACAGUGGCAUCUAGCCACCUUCACCUCCUCCGUCGCUGUUCCGCCGACAAUAUUCAACAGUUUAUUCAUGGCGUAGCGGAUGACUGGUGCAGUCGCGGUUCACCUCGUUACCAAGACUAUGGCAAAGUCUGGCCUAUUGUUGAGUGGAAAGACGCAGUUGAGGCUGGUCGCCAACUAGUGUCGGUAUCGAUUGGAAAAUCAAAAUCAAAAGAAGAAAUCGUGGCAUUGCUAAGUGAAGCUGGUGUUGAGGACGAUGUAGCACAAGCAGCUGCCAGUGCGCUUGAGGCAAGGCGUGACGAUGUACUACGUGCUUUGAAAGCGAACUCUGCCACAAUAUCGCGGUCACAUCUCAAGGAUUUUGAUUGGAGAGUACAGCUGAUGAUGUCCAGUGACAAGCUGGCAAGCGUUCGUAAGCCGGUUGUUAGUGUCGACUUAUCCCUGGAUGGCCACUCAGGUCCGCAGAAAGUAGCCUUGGAGUUGGACAAGGAAGAACUAAAGCAGAUGAUUCAAUCAUUGGAGAAUGCUAACAGGGUUGUACAGCAGCUGAAGUCGUGAUUACUUGUUGAUAGAUCCGGUGUGCGUGUGUGUGGUAUGCUAGCCUGAAGAAUUUUGGCGCUGUGCGCUCAUUAUCUGUAUUUCAUCAUUUACGUCUGGUAAGUCUCCCAUGAAACUAUCCAUAAACCCAUAGAGCUGCAGUGCAGCUAUUCUUAUUUUGUCCAGAGUAUACUUCUUACGUCCAGGGUAUACUUCUUCCAUCCAGAGUAUACUUCUUGUGUCCAGAGUAUAAUUCUUACGUCAAAGUGACACUUUCCUUCUGAGAAGUUCUCGAACGUGUGCUGCCAAAGCACACACCAACUCACAAUUUGACAGCCAAGUGCGAGUUAGUUGCUUGCGAGUAAUUCUGCUUGUGGCAGAUUGAUGUGCUGUGAGCUUGCCUCUUUUGAUGUGCUGUGAGCUUGCCUCUUUUGCCGCUCCCUGUACAGUGCCACCUGGUUUUCCUUUGACUCCAAAUAUGAGAACAUGUUGAAAUAGGCCGAAUGUACCCACCCCUCCCUUCCCGUUUCAACAGUCUCAACUGGUGAAUAAUGUACUCGAACAGGUAACAGUUUACUGAACUUUCCCAUGUUUUGUCGUAGACUGUUCAUGUCGUGUGAACUAUAUUAUAGUGACAAUGA